AUGAUAGUGGAUCUGCUUGUGCUCGCCGUGCUGCUCACAGCACCGGUGACGAAGGCGAUCCCACGACGAGGCAACGAACCGUGGUCAUUGAUUCUAUGCAAAUUCAGAGACUACGAUUAUGAACCUCGUACAUCUGAGUGGUUCUCCGAGUGGAUUUCGGGUGGGAAUAAUCCAGAUACAAUAGAAAGCUACUUUUCAUCAGUAUCAAAUGCAAUAUACACGAUCAAAGGCUCAAACGUUACCAGAUGGAUUCGACUCCCAUGGAGGCGACGAGAAGUGCUACGUAUGGCCAUGUUGGAUCCACGGUUGCAGUCCGUACGAGAGCGGCCUUUUGCUAUGUUCGACAAAACGAAGCAGCUGUGCAUUUCGUUUGCUGAACAAAGUGGUUUUGUACUGCAUAAGAAGAAAAUCACAAUUAUCAAUACGGAGAACACAGCAGUAUUUGGCAAGGAUACAGGUGUACUGCUGACGCCGAAGUUGAUCUUUUCGUCGGUGCUAACGCAUGAGAUGAUUCAUAGCAUGAACGUGGGCCAUUCAUACAGUGACCGCAAGACCCGGGUAAGGACACCUUUUAUGAGUAAGGAGUUAUAG